ACCGAAGGAUCGGUGGCAGUCGCGCGCCGGCCGCUGCCUCGAUAGGGUGUUUGUGUAUAUGUCGUCGCGAUGAAAAUUUGGCCGCCAUAGAGGUUAUGUUCACGCGUGCCGCGGGAUUCAAACCGACCACGCAUGCCCUUCUGCGUCCAUCUUUUCAAAAAUCCUCCACCGAUCGCCGCGUAUCCAUCGAUAAAUCCAUCGACUUCCCACGACAACGCUUUCUUCGUCCGCGGAGCAACUUCACAACACUUGACACACGCAGCGAAACUUCGUAAAUGCGCAGGGGCGUCGUGUGUGGCGGCUCUCGUACGUGAUUGGUGCGGUGGUGUGUGUGUGAAGGGCCAACAAGAGAGGCCGCAACGGUGAGCAUUCGAGAUGAGCUAUGAAUUUAGGCUGCCUGGUAGCCAUCGUCUUUGUGCUUCAGCUGCUGUUCAACGUCACAGCGCUACCCUCAGUCGUCAAGAUUGGUGCUAUAUUCACUCAUGACCAAAAGGAUAGCAGUACGGAGUUGGCCUUCAAGUAUGCCGUGUACAAGAUCAACAAGGAGAGGCUUAUCCUGCCGAAGACGACGCUGGAAUACGAUAUACAAUACGUGCCAAAAGAUGACUCCUUCCAUGCGUCGAAGAAGGGUGAGUGA